AUGGCGGACGAGGACGGGGACGGGCCGGGGCUGGGGCCGGGGCUGGGGCUGCCGGCGUCGGCGGGCUUGCCGCAGCGCAACGGGGGCGGGCUGGGCGCGGGCGUGGGGCCGGGCCCGCGCGUGGUGCGCAUCGUGAAGUCGGAGUCGGGCUACGGCUUCAACGUGCGCGGGCAGGUGAGCGAGGGCGGCCAGCUGCGCAGCAUCCACGGCGAGCUCUACGCGCCGCUGCAGCACGUCAGCGCCGUCCUGCCCCAAGGCGCCGCCGACCGCGCCGGGGUGCGCAAGGGCGACCGCAUCCUCGAGGUGAACGGUGUGAACGUCGAGGGGGCCACCCACAAGCAGGUGGUGGAUCUCAUCCGAGCAGGCGAGAAGGAACUGAUCCUGACGGUGUUGUCUGUGCCCCCCCACGAGGCAGAUAACCUCGACCCAAGCGACGACGCGCUGGGACAAUCACUGUACGAUUACACAGACAAGCAGGCGGUGCCCAUCUCGGUCCCCACGUACAAACAUGUGGAGCAGAACGGCGAGAAGUUUGUGGUGUACAACGUUUACAUGGCAGGCAGGCAGCUGUGUUCUAAACGGUACCGGGAAUUUGCCAUCCUUCACCAGAACCUGAAGAGAGAGUUUGCUAACUUUACAUUUCCCCGACUUCCAGGGAAAUGGCCCUUCUCUUUAUCAGAACAGCAGUUAGAUGCCCGGCGUCGGGGGUUGGAAGAAUAUCUAGAAAAAGUGUGCUCAAUACGAGUUAUUGGUGAGAGUGACAUCAUGCAGGAAUUCCUGUCGGAAUCAGAUGAGAACUACAAUGGUGUGUCCGACGUAGAGCUGCGAGUAGCGUUGCCAGAUGGAUCCACAGUGACAGUCAGGGUUAAAAAGAACAGUACUACAGACCACGUUUAUCAGGCCAUUGCAGCAAAAGUUGGCAUGGACAGUACAACCGUGAAUUAUUUUGCCUUAUUCGAAGUGAUCAAUCAUUCCUUUGUACGUAAGCUGGCACCCAACGAAUUUCCUCAUAAACUCUACGUCCAGAAUUACACAUCCGCUGUGCCGGGCACCUGCCUGACCAUUCGAAAAUGGCUUUUCACCACGGAAGAGGAGAUUCUCCUGAAUGACAACGACCUCGCCGUCACCUAUUUCUUUCAUCAGGCUGUGGAUGACGUGAAGAAAGGCUACAUCAAAGCUGAAGAGAAGUCUUACCAGUUACAGAAGCUGUACGAACAAAGGAAAAUGGUUAUGUACCUCAACAUGCUGAGGACCUGCGAGGGCUACAACGAGAUCAACUUCCCACACUGUGCCUGUGACUCCAGGAGGAAGGGCCACGUCAUCACAGCCAUCAGCAUCACGCACUUUAAACUCCAUGCUUGUACCGAGGAAGGCCAGCUGGAGAACCAGGUCAUAGCGUUCGAAUGGGACGAAAUGCAGCGGUGGGACACGGACGAGGAGGGCAUGGCCUUCUGCUUCGAGUACGCGCGAGGAGAGAAGAAGCCACGAUGGGUCAAAAUCUUCACCCCAUACUUCAAUUAUAUGCACGAGUGUUUCGAGCGAGUGUUCUGCGAGCUCAAGUGGAGAAAAGAGAACAUUUUCCAGAUGGCGAGGUCACAGCAGAGGGACCUGGCCACCUAGCCUCUCCUGCCCCUCCCCUCCCCGCACCUUCUUCCCAUCGCCUUUUCGUCUCCCACGUCAGAUAGAGUAACCAUUAACACAGAAGAAGAGAAAAAGGAAAAGGUCGUCUUAUUCGAAAAAAAGUCCUCCACUAAAUAUUAUUAAUACUCCCUCUGAGUUUCCCAUGGCGGGAAUCGAGCUGGUAGACAACAACAGAUUGGUCAGCGCCAGGAGUCAACCGAGUCGAGACCGGAAAAGGAAGAAGCAAAAGCCCGACCCACUCGCCAAAGGUAUCUUUGUCCUUUCGCCUGGACCUCAUCCCAACGGACGCUCCUUGUACUAGAUUUUUAAAACUGGAACUAUGAACUCCAUCCAUUUGCACUGUUCGGACAUAUAUAUGUAUGUAUGUAAAAAUUAUAUAUACGCUAAUUAGCUGCACGUAUAUACA